AUGACGCGUUGCGGCGGGGCAACACAUUGUGAUGGUGUGUCAUGGCGACACAUUGCAGCGCAGCGAGGUGUUGUGGCAGAUUGUGGCGGCGGCGUUCUGGCGAAGUAUCGCAGUGGCGUGAAGCGUUGGAUGUCCAAUACUGCAAGAAAUCCAAAAAAGCUUGCUUCCACAAUUGGCAUUGCAGUGGAUCGUCGUCGUAAGAAUCGCUCGUUGGAAGGUCUCCAAGCCAAUGCUCAGAGGCUGAAGACAUACAAGGCAAAGUUGGUCGUCUUCCCUCUGCGUGCUCGCAAGUUUAAGGCCGUGGAUUCUGCACCGGAGGAACUUGAUACAGCGACCCAGGUGAAGGCUAGCGCCUUGCCUAUUGUCCACAGGAGGCCUUCAGUCGAGUUGUUGAAGGUUACUGAGGAGAUGAAGGCAUUUAGGGCUCACGAGAAGCUUCGGGUGGAGAGAAUGAAUGCUAGGCAGGUUGGCGCCAGGCUGAAGAAGGCCGCAGAAGCAGAGAAAGAAGAGAAGAAGUGA